AUGCAUUUUUCGUCAUGGCUUCUUUGUGCUGGCAUUCUCUCCACGACCGUAUCGGCAUUUUACCCAGUUAAGUUACCACCAUCGGAUAACCCGAGCCUCCCGGACUCGUCCCGCCGACGGUUUUUCCCAGUCCCUCUCCCGAAAGCGCCUUCGCAAGAUGAAAAGAAGCCAUUGACAUUAGACCUUGUGAGGUCCCGGCGCAGGGUUCGCCGCGAUAAUAAAUACAGUGCCGUCAUGGGAUCAGACCCGACGAUGGAAAAUAGUGCCGCUAUACAUCAGGAUGGCAACGAUUAUUCGUACUUCUCAACCGUCAAAUUCGGUUCUAGGGGCCAACCAAUGUGGCUACUCUUGGACACAGGAGCAUCUGAGUCCUGGGUGAUGUCUUCGAAUUGCACUGCUGAAGCCUGCCUCCGACAUAAUAGCUUUGGAGUCGAGGAUUCGGAUACGCUCAACGUCACGCAGAUAGAUUGGAAUGUCACUUACGGCACUGGGCGUGUGGAAGGUGUCAUCGUGGAAGAUAAGGUGUCGCUGGCUGAUUUUGAACUGCAGCUAGCAUUUGGCUCGGCAUUGAACGCUUCAGACGACUUUCUCAGUUACCCAAUGGAUGGCAUUCUCGGACUAGGGCCAUCAACGGUUGCAAGCGUACCCACGCUUUUGCAGUUGAUAAAGGAGAAGAAGUUGUUCAGCAAGACCAUUCUUGGCAUCAGCUUGCAGCGAGCUGGCGAUGGCGCCACUGACGGGCAGUUGACCUUUGGCGACGUCGACAAAAGUUCGAAGAAGGGUGAUGGCUACUUUAACAUCCCCUGCGAUACAGCCCUUUCGAUGGAGUUCGUUUUCUAUGGAGCGAAAUGGACCGUAUCACCCAAAGACUACGUCGGAACUCGAUUGCCGCUCGCAAAUAUGCAAAGCCCUGUGACUCACGGAAAAAUCUACAUCUCCUGGCACCACUUCAACGGUGAAACCAAACAUCGAGCCGACUGUGUCCCCUGUUCCUCCUCGAAAUAUGGGCAAUAA